AUGUCUACCGAGGCACGGAUUGAUGCAGACGAGGCCUUGCUGAAAGGUUACUUGCAGCUCCUGGGAGUGGAGAAUUUUAGGAACGGAAGAAUGCAGGCCCUUCUUACCGGGAGGAGCGGGAGGGGCCGGGAUGCAUGGGCGGGAGAGGCUGGAGAGAUCUGUUUGUUCAUGCGCUUUUAUGUAAAUGCACUCAGUAGUCAUAUCGAUAUCGAACCCUUGGACCGUCGUCAUCCAUAUCUCGUAGCCAACCGGAAAUACUUCGUAUCAUCUAUAAAAAAUCCUCAAAAAACUAAGAGCACCCUCCUCCUCUUCAAGCGAAAACUGCCAUAUCAAUCAACCAAGAUCUCCCCAAGCGGAAGCUCCUUAGUCCUGUAUGCUGCGACUCCUCAUAUUGCUAGCAGGACAUGUGGCUCGGCUCGACCUCCUCCACACCUCCAACCCCUAUGCAACCGCCACGCCCGCAACUCCCAUCUUCUACACAGGACAUGGAUGCGUAAGGCCCGGUUCAUCCCAAGCACCGUUCCAACAUGCACAGAGCCAUCCGCGGUCUCUGGCUGGCUCGCACCUGUUGAUUCAAGUUUCACAAGAAGCGUCGGGUCAGGUGUUCGGUGCAUGAAGCGUGAGAAAUUCUCCAACACGUCACAGCGGCAUGGUUAG